AUGGGUUGCUACAACUACAACUUGGCAAAGAGAAGGAAAACUAAGGGAGAGGGGCACAACUUUGUGUUGGCGGACCGAAUCAGUGAGUUGCCGGAUGAAAUUCUUGUUAGUAUAUUGUCUCUCUUGUCACUAAAGGAAGCCGCAACUACUAGUAUCCUUUCUAAGCGAUGGCAGCACCUGUGGGCGUCUACUAUGACUCUCAACUUUGAUGCUAAACUGGAUCUUGGUAGCAGCAAUUUACGCCACUUUAGAGGCCUCCAACCAGAAAUAAGAUACCAAGAAAGCCAUAGAUACAUAAACUGGGUGAAUCGUGUAUUGGAACAACAUAAAGGCCCUAGCAUUGAACGAUUCAGGGCUUGUUUUGAUAUUGAUCAUCGUUUCACAAGUUCCAUUGAUAAAUGGAUUCAAUUUGCAAUGACAAGGAGAGUUCAAAUACUUGAAUUGGAGUUUAUUGUGGCAUUCAGUGUUAUUUACGAGGGUCACUAUGCUUUUCCUUACCCUGAUUUGAAACACUUGUGUCCGAGUCCUCUACACUCUCUUGGACACAAUAUUGGUGGUUUUAAGUCGCUCAAAGUACUUUCUUUCAGAUAUGUUGAUGUGACUGGAGAAAUUCUUGAGUACUUCUUGUUUCAUUGUCCAGUUCUUGAACACUUAACAGUGCGUGCUUCCACAAAUUUGGUAAAUUUAAGAGUUGUCGGUUCAUCGAUUGCAUUGAAGCACCUAGCGAUAGUAAAUUGCUUUGGCAUCAAAAGCAUUCAGAUUCGUGAUGCAAACCUUGUUUCAUUUGUUUACAAUGGAGGGUUUGUGAAUUUGGACAUCAGUAAUGUUCCGUUGCUCAUUGAGGUAUCCAUUUUUGAGACUGACGAUGAUUUUGAGCUGGAUACCGAUAUCAUAAAGAUUGUCUUGGGCCAACUUUCAUGCGUUGUUUCUCAACUAGAGAUUCUUAGGCUGGAUAUCGAUCAACCGAUAUACGAUAAGAAGUAUGAAUUUCCUGUAUUUGCAAAUCUCAAGCAUUUGGAAUUAAUAGUCGAAUCAGAUUAUCGUUGGCUUCUUCAUCAAUUAAAUUCUUUCAUCAAGGCAUCUCCUUACUUGCAGAGACUUGCAUUGAAGCUGCAAUUUCAAACAUGGAAGUGCGAUAGAAAAUUAAAGAAAGCUGCCAUUUGCCCGCAUCAUUACCUCAAGGUAGUUGAAAUAGUAGGGUACCGUGCUCGAAGACUUGCCGUUACGCCAGUCAUGCACUUAAUAAAGAGUGCUGUUGCACUGGAGAAAAUUGUUAUUGAUCCUGUUCGGCGUUGGUUGUAUCCUAAGGGAAUGGAAAGGGUACUUGCAGAAGUCAAGAAGGAAGUGAAGGCAAGAGAUCAUGCUAUGCAACAUAUUAAACACAAAGUGCCUUCAACAAUUGAAUUUGUAUGCCUCUAG